AUGAACACAAAGAGAAGCAUAUUUUCAGCCACUCUCUAUGAUAAAUGGCUUGAUGUUAUUGAUCAAGGGAAUGAGGAGGAGAAAAUAACUGCGACCCAGAGGCUUCUAGACCAGCUGCCAAGAGCCAAUGUAGUUUUUCUGCGAUACCUUUUUGGAGUGUUACACAACAUUGAGCAACAUUCCUCAUCCAAUCAGAUGACAGCUUAUAAUUUAUCAGUGUGUAUAACCCCAAGCAUUCUUGGUCUGCUUAAUUCUGGCAGCACAGCAUUCGAAAACUUCACCAAGAAGAUUUCUUUCAUACAAUUUCUCAUUGAAAACUGUCUCAAGAUAUUUGGAGAAGAUAUCACGUCUCUCUUUGGACCGAAGUCAGUGAGUUGUGAUAACAGUGAUAUCACUGACGUCACUGAUAACAGUGAGAAGGUUGCAGACAAGAAGACAGUUAGCAAGAGUUCUGUCAAAACCUGGGCCUUUUGGUGUAGCUCCAGGACUCGCGAGGACAACCAACACCCACCUCUACCACCCACAAAGCCAAAACAGCUCUUUGGAGCUCCUCUUGAGGAUGUAUGUGAUAACGACAGCCUGCCCACCCCAAUUCUGAAUAUGCUUUCCUACAUCAAUAAAAAAGGGCUGUUUACAGAAGGCAUCUUCAGAAAAUCUGGCAAAAUACAAUCAUGCAGAGCCCUAAAGAAGAAACUAAAUUCCGGGGACAAAGUGAACAUGGAUGAUGAAUCCAUUCUUGUGGUAGCAUCCACCUUAAAGGAUUUUCUUCGAAAUAUUCCAGGAAGCAUAUUUUCAGCCACUCUCUAUGAUAAAUGGCUUGAUGUUAUUGAUCAAGGGAAUGAGGAGGAGAAAAUAACUGCGACCCAGAGGCUUCUAGACCAGCUGCCAAGAGCCAAUGUAGUUUUUCUGCGAUACCUUUUUGGAGUGUUACACAACAUUGAGCAACAUUCCUCAUCCAAUCAGAUGACAGCUUAUAAUUUAUCAGUGUGUAUAACCCCAAGCAUUCUUGGUCUGCUUAAUUCUGGCAGCACAGCAUUCGAAAACUUCACCAAGAAGAUUUCUUUCAUACAAUUUCUCAUUGAAAACUGUCUCAAGAUAUUUGGAGAAGAUAUCACGUCUCUCUUUGGACCGAAGUCAGUGAGUUGUGAUAACAGUGAUAUCACUGACGUCACUGAUAACAGUGAGAAGGUUGCAGACAAGAAGACAGUUAGCAAGAGUUCUGUCAAAACCUGGGCCUUUUGGUGUAGCUCCAGGACUCGCGAGGACAACCAACACCCACCUCUACCACCCACAAAGCCAAAACAGCUCUUUGGAGCUCCUCUUGAGGAUGUAUGUGAUAACGACAGCCUGCCCGCCCCAAUUCUGGAUAUGCUUUCCUUCAUCAAUCAAAACGGGCCGUUUACAGAAGGCAUCUUCGGAAAAUCAGGCAAAAUACAAUCAUGCAAAGCCCUAAAGAAGAAACUAAACUCUGGGGACAAAGUGAACUUGGAUGAUGAAUCCAUUUUUGUGGUAGCAUCCACCUUAAAGGAUUUUCUUCGAAAUAUUCCAGGAGGCAUAUUUUCAGCCACUCUCUAUGAUAAAUGGCUUGAUGUUAUUGAUCAAGGGAAUGAGGAGGAGAAAAUAACUGCGACCCAGAGGCUUCUAGACCAGCUGCCAAGAGCCAAUGUAGUUUUUCUGCGAUACCUUUUUGGAGUGUUACACAACAUUGAGCAACAUUCCUCAUCCAAUCAGAUGACAGCUUAUAAUUUAUCAGUGUGUAUGACCCCAAGCAUUCUUGGUCUGCUUAAUUCUGGCAGCACAGCAUUAGAAAACUUCACCAAGAAGAUUUCUUUCAUACAAUUUCUCAUUGAAAACUGUCUCAAGAUAUUUGGAGAAGAUAUCACGUCUCUCUUUGGACCGAAGUCAGUGAGUUGUGAUAACAGUGAUAUCACUGACGUCACUGAUAACAGUGAGAAGGUUGCAGACAAGAAGACAGUUAGCAAGAGUUCUGUCAAAACCUGGGCCUUUUGGUGUAGCUCCAGGACUCGCGAGGACAACCAACACCCACCUCUACCACCCACAAAGCCAAAACAGCUCUUUGGAGCUCCUCUUGAGGAUGUAUGUGAUAACGACAGCCUGCCCACCCCAAUUCUGGUAGGUCUUAUUUUGGUUUUCUGUAACCCUCCUGAGGAGGGGAGUUCUGAGAGAUCAAGUGUUCUCUUCCAAAUCUACCCCCAAAUGAAGAAGUCUGGCUUUGUCUGAUAAGUUUCAUAAUAUUACUUCAAAGAAUAAGGUCUGAUUUAGGUACUGCAGAGUUACAAGGCAAAUACCAGAUGAAAAGGUACUCUCAUCCAUUCCACUGAUUUCAACAAAGACCCACCUAUACUGGCUCAGGCCAGUUAAAAUGGACUCUGUAAGGUAAGGGAGUCAGAGAAGGCGAGGUUGGGAGAAAGCAUGAGACCAGCACUUGACAGGAACAGAUCACCUUUAACGAGGCGAGAAGGGGCAGCA